GCCGUCGGGCCAGGGCUGGCUCAGAACACAGUACGCGGCGAGCGCGCCCACUGCCAGCAUGCGGCUGGGAGCCACCGUGCCGGACUUCACGGCGCAGACCACGCACGGGCCCAUACGCUUCUACAACUGGCUUGGCAACUCGUGGUGCAUCCUGUUCUCGCACCCGGCGGACUUCACGCCGGUGUGCACCACGGAGCUGGCGCGCAUGGCCGAGCGCGCCUUCGAGUUCACCAAGCGCGGCGUGCGCAUGAUCGGACACUCGUGCGACUCCGUGGCCAAGCACCUCGUCUGGCUGCAGGACAUCCGGUCGUUCGCGCGCAACCUGCCGGCGGAGUUCCCGUACCCCAUCAUCGCGGACGAGACGCGCGAGCUGGCCGUGGCGCUGGACAUGCUGGACGAGUCCGAGCGCACCGCGGAGGGCGACCCGGUCAGCGUGCGCGCCGUGCUCAUCAUCGCGCCCGACCGCCGCCUCCGGCUCUCCAUGUACUACCCCAACACCACCGGCCGCAACGUCGAUGAGAUACUGAGGGUAAUCGAUUCACUUAUGCUCACGGAAAGACUUCGCGUCGUCACCCCAGUUGACUGGACGAUGGGGGACGACCUGAUGGUGGACACGACCAGCGGGCCCUCGCAGUGUGGCACCGUGCCACGUGCCGCCGUGCCGGAGAACCGCGUGGAGACGGUGCAGAUGCCGUCCGGCCUGGCGUACGUGCGCAAGACCAAGUUCUACUACGACUCCUCGCCCUCCACGUGCGAGUUCUGGGACAGCUGAGCACCGGCGCGUCUCGCAGGGUCUCCUCACUGUUUCUGUACAUCCGAGAAGCCCGAGAAAACUAAACCAGUCAUCAUUGGCGUAUCUCCGCUACGGACACUGCAUUUGUAAAAUCUUCAGAGGCAGCUGAAAUGUUUUUCCACAGCCGUACAUUAACACUGCAGCCAUACUUUAAAGGGUAUCAUCGGACUUUACUGUUUGUACCUUUCAGACAGGUAAAUUUCUGUAUGAUAAAUAUCGUUGUUGAUGUACUGAAAAUAACGUUUGUUAAUUAAAUAUAAAAUACUCGUAAUAA